AAAAUACAGUACCAGUAAAAUGGCUCCCUUUCCGCCACCAGAGGGCGCCCCAGGAAAGGAAUAAUGGCGCUGGCGCCAAAGCCUGGUCAAAGCCUAGGGCAUAAUUGGGUCUCUUCAGAGAAAGAAAGGGGGGUCCCAGACCCCUCCCCUUCUGCCAAAGAUGAGGCUUCCAGCCCAGGCUUUCCCCCAAUCUGAGUGCUUCAAGUUUGCAGUCUUUCCUCUUCCAGCCCCAGAGAGCCUUCUGGUUUGGGGCAAGGAAAAGGAGGAGACAGAAAGAGCCUAGCCUGGCCUUUGGGGUUCUUGGAAGGAGAGCCAACAGGGUCGGUCUCCCAUCCCUCUGCCAUCCUCCUUCUCCUCUGCUGGACUUUGCAAAAAGUAGGUGACCCUCAGCAUCUGGAAACAUGGCUUGCAUUUCCAUCUCCUUCUCCUCCAUCCUGGUCUUCUGCAUCCUGACUAUCAGCCUUGCAAAUGCUUUGGACUCUGGUCCGGCUGUGGUUUCCAGCCUCCCCGAAGUAGCCAACACCUUCCCAAGCCGGGAUGCUUGGACGCCACAGCUGCGAGCCACAACGCACCGCCGCCGGCAUGGCUCCCGCAAGCACAACGGGCUCCGUCUGGACCCCAGACCCCGGGGACUUCCCGAAAAGGCUGCCCCACGGCUCUUGAGUUGGCCUGCCUUGGGUCAAGAGCUGGGAUCGUGGGAGCAGCCGGCUGGCCUCCGGCAAAAAGAGGUCUUCCUGGGCUUUGGAUUCCCAUACCCUGAGCAGGAGAAUCAUGCACCGGGAUCGGAGAGGGGGAAGAAACAGAACCGGGAGCACCGGCGGCAUGGACGAAGAGACAGGUUGAGGCAGCACCAAGGAAGAACAUCGGACCCGGGUCCGAGCGCACUGUACAAGAAGCCAGAAAACUUGGAAGAGCGGCUGCAGAACCUCCACUUAGAAGGGUCUUCCGGAGGGUCAGUUCCAACUUCCCUGCUUGGGUCGACCCCAAAACCAUUGACGGAGGAGCCUCUUCAUCUCCAAGCUACCUCCCCUCGACCUCGGGCCCGGCUCAGGCCAGACGGAGACGUGAUGCCCACCCUGGACAUGACCCUCUUCGACUGGACCGAUUACGAAGACCUCCGGCCGGAGAUGUGGUCAUUAGUCCGGAAAAAAGAUAAACGACGAAGUAAACAGAGCGGCAACGAAACAGCGCCGGCUGAAGGGGAGCCUUGCGAUCAUCACCUCGAUUGCCUCCCAGGCUGCUGUUGCGACUUGCGCGAACAUCUUUGCAAACCCCACAACCGAGGUCUUAACAAUAAAUGCUAUGACGACUGCAUGUGCACAGAAGGCUUGCGCUGCUACGCCAAAUUCCACCGCAACCGGAGGGUGAUCCGACGGAAAGGCCGCUGUGUGGAGCCCGAAUCGGCCGACGGAGACCAAGGAUCCUUUAUUAACAUUUAGAAGGGUCCCCUUUGGGUGCCUUUUGUUUUUCCUUUUGGUCCAAAAGUGGGCCAAGCAUUAAUUUAUAACUAGGAUCUGGAAAGGCGGAAGACUCACCAAAGGACUGGGAUGCUGCAAACUGAGCUGGGACUUUGCAACGUUUCUGCAGAACCUCCAUCAUAAAUUCACUUUAUAUCUUCUUUAAAUGGACUUAAGUUUGAAUUCUGGAUAUUCCCUGAUUCGUUUCGGAUGGUCCCCUUGAUGCUUUAAGUUUUAGAGAUGGGAUCCCUUGAUAAUAUUUUUGCUGUAUGAUCCUCUUCUAGAUGCUUUAUAGAGUCCAUUAUUCCAGCUGGAUGCUUGACAUUGUAUUACUGCAGUAAACACAUGCCAUUUAUGGGUUAAUAAGUUGUUCUAUUGUUGUUAAGUGAGUAUUCCCAAGGACCUAACUUUCCUGGUUAGUCUUGUCUUUUAUUAUUUGGCAAAAGGAGCAAUAUUUUUGGACCCAAAUGGCAGGGGUAAUUUUCGGCCGUAUGCCCCUAAAUAAAGAUAACCCAUUGCAAAAUGGCAGCGUGACCAAUUUCUGAAGGCAUUCAAUAUGAUUUUGCAUCAUUGCACCUUGAAGAAUCGGAGACAGCUCCAUCAACCGUUCGCAUUUUCCUGCCUGUUUGCAGCAGCUAACUCCUUUGGCGAGCUCCUUCCAUUUCCAUUCAUUUAUCAUUCUUUUAGAAGAUUUGAGAUAUAGGGAUGGAGGGUAUUUUCUCAACAGAGAGGAACAGGACGUUCCGGGGAAAAGGAAAAAACGGACCCACUCCUGUUCCUCCUUUUAGUAACAAUGCCGUUUUUGUGCUUGCAUGUUCCUAUUUGGAUGAGCUGUAAAUAAAGAGAUAGUUAUCCUUCACACAAAAAGCUCCUCGGCAUCUUCUUUGUUUCCGAUCCGCAUCUGGUUCACACUUGCGUGAAAUCGAUUUAUCCAAAAAGGUGCAUCAAAAAGAUGCAGUUUAAACGGGUCUAGCGCAUGGGGUGCCCUCUCCGAAUCGCUGUUCAAGUGCAAACCGUUUAAACCGGGUUCAUACCAAUUUGCGAUCCGGUUUAAAAGGUAGUGGGAAUGAGGCCAGAGACUGGCAAAUACCUCUCCAAGGUUUCAAAGGAAAGUGUCCUCUGACUUUCGGCACGCAAAGCACUCUCCCAUUGAGCUAUGCUUUCCCCCUAAAUAUAAAGUCAAGUUUCCAGUCCUCUUGGUUGCAAAUAAAGGGCAUAGGCAAAUAAAUGCCUUUAGUCCAUCUCUCAUAAAUGUGUAUAUUGACCA